CACGGGGUCCUCCUCGCGGCGGACCUUCCUCGGGUCAUCCGAUGUCACCGCUCACGUACCCCGGCAUGAUGAUGCACCCGAUGAGCCCGGUGCCAAUCGGGAUGCCGAUCUCGCCCGGGAUGUCGCCCGUCUUCGGUUGUCCCACUUCUGGUUACAUUCAGUGCCCCAGGCCACGAUGGCCCUCACCGACUCCCACAACCAGUCAAGCACCAAGGCCGUUCAUACCGACUCAGAGUUCCUUCAGAAGCGAUUCGGCGUCGCCGUUACCGUGCGCGCCGCCCGAGUAUCUGAUAGCGCCUUACAGACCCGGUGAUUACGAGUACGUCGGCGUGCCGUUGGAUCACACGCAAACGGACGAGGAGAGCAGCGGUCCCAGCACAGCCGAGAUUAUCGCCAAUCAGAGUCAGGAUUACGUGGACGAAAAACUCGCCGAAUACCAAGCCACCAUUCAACAAUUGCAAGGUGAGAAGAAAAAAAAAAAAAAACAAUUCGCUUUGCGACAAUUUUGUUCGCCUAGCGCGACGACGAAGCGGACCACACCCGGUGUUAGAAACAAACCGUAUCAAGAGCUUGAGCUCUUAUCUCUUUUGUAGAAAACAAGCGAUUGUGUCGUUUAUCCGGACGUGCAUAAACUCUCAUCACGGGAAUGAAUCACGUCGUUUAUCUCGCUAAAAAAAAGGUAGUAGCGCGCGACCUUCUCAUCAUCAUCAUCAUCAUCUGACGCCGACGAAGUAAGUCGCCCAUCUCUCAUCGGGACACGGUCUAGUUUCACGUGCGUCACGAGAGACGACGCGAAUCUCGAAGAAGAGAAAAGGACAUUUCGAGAUUUCGUCCGCGGAAUAUCUUGCGCAAUUGGGGGCGCCUACUUGCGCGAAGACGGAUGUCACAAAUCGUGCGUGCGUUUCUCGUCGAAUUAAAUUGCGGCGCGAGGAAAAUAAAAUAGAUUCCGCGGAGAGAGAGAGAGAGAGAGACGCGAACGGGUUAAAAAUAGACGUGACGGACACCUGCCGCGCGCCAUUCGCAAUACGUUACGUUCUCGCUUUUCCCUCCGACCUUACUCCUCCUCCUCCUCCCCGUCGUUGUUGCGCGGACACAGAUUCGCGCCUCGCCGAUAGACUAAUAGACCAAAUGUUUCAAGAUCAUCUCUCGCGCGUGAUGAUUCAUCCUAAGCGGACGCGAAACGCCUUGAAAAUUGCGCUCCGAGAGAAACGGAAUUCGCGGCGAGAGUUUUCGUCUCUCCCUCUCCAACGUCGUCGCCAACGCGCGCAAAAGGGGGAAACAAAGUUUUCGAAGUUUUCACGCGCGCAGUUGAUUCAUUCGAUUUUUUGUUAAAAACAAAAAACAACUUCUAUUUUAAGCAGAAAAUAAUCUAAAAAAACAAAUUUGUAAAAAUUAUUCAAACGUUGCAAAAAAAAAAAAAAACAAACGCUUCUUCGUUUCGAAACGCCAACAUCGGUUUCCGAUAAUCGAACGUC